AUGUCUUCUGCACCUCCGCGCAUCGGGGACACCGGUAACUCCAGUAAACGACAAAGAGUGGAUGAGCACGAUCCGCCAGAGAACAAGGACGCCGUACGGAUAGCAAUCCUGGCGGAUGAAAAUAAGGCCCUAACGGACGAGGUCAGUCGAUUGAAGCAGGCUUUGGAGGAAGCUAAGAACGCUAUUUCCGCGGGAAAUCAAGCGGAAGAUGCUCUAAAGGUCGAGAUUAACGAGCUCAAGAGCGCAGAAGAGCGGGCAAAAGCAGAGAUGCAAUCAAUGCGGCUGGCUCUAGCUGAGGCAGCAAAUGUGGAAACUCGACAACGAUAUCUUCUUGAGUUGGUCGAGAAACACAACUACGAGAUCAAAAUACCUGCAACAGGCCAUACUCAAGUCAUGAGACAUUUCAAACCGCUUGUGGCUUCGGAUAAAGAAGAAGACGUCAACCGUCUAUUGGAUUUCAUCUAUUUUGGGUUGCCAGGCAAUUGGUACUGUUUUCGGGAGAUCCGUGAGAAAGGAACAAGAGGGGUCACUUGGCUAAAAGCCAGUGAAAUUAAGACCGAUUGCCCUCAUCACGGGAAAACGUGUAAGAUCAUGGUGUAUAAAUCCCAAAACGCCCCUAAGUAUCAGAUGAUAUUUCAGCGGUUCAGGCCACUGGGUUCAUAA